AUGCCUCGGGGUAAGAAGAGUAAGCUCCGUGCCCAUGAGAAACGCCACAAGGCCCAAGGUGAGACCCAGGGUCUCCGGGAUGCUAAGGCCACUGCAGCCAAGGAGGAAAAAUCCCCCUCCUCAUCCUCUUCUUGUUCGGGGGUUAUUACCCGGACACAGUCUGCUGCUAGGUCACAUAGCACUCCCAAGAGGCCUCGGGGAGCCCUAUCCACCACUGUGUCUGUAGGUGUUUCUCACCCAAGAUCAUGCAAAGGAGUCAAUGGCAAAGUUGAGAAAAAGCAAAGAUCCUCCCAGGCCCCAUCCUCCACUGUGCAGUCUCGAAGAGUCUCUCUAACCAAGACGACCGGUAUGUUGGUGCAGUUCCUGAUGCAAAUGUACAAAACGAAAAGGCCUGUUAUGAAAGCAGAUAUGCUGAAGAUUGUCAAUAAAAAGUACAAGAAUCACUUCCUUGGGAUCCUAAGAAGAGCUUCUGUCAACAUGGAGGUGGUUUUUGGUGUUGAUUUAAAGGAAAUUGAUUCUGCCAAGCAUUCUUAUGCCCUUGUGAGCAAAAUGGCCCUCCCCAACAAUGGGAGGGUGAGUCGUGGUCGGGGGUUUCCCAAGACCGGUCUCCUGAUGAAUCUCCUGGGUGUGAUCUUCAUGAAGGGCAACUGCGCCACUGAGGAGGAGAUCUGGGAAUUCCUGAAUAAGAUGAAAGUAUAUGCUGGAAAGAGACACUUCAUAUUUGGGGAGCCCAGGAAGCUCAUCACCCAAGAUUUGGUGAAGCUUAAAUACCUGGAGUAUCGGCAGGUGGCCAACAGUGAUCCUGCACGCUAUGAAUUCCUGUGGGGUCCAAGAGCCCAUGCUGAAACAACCAAGAUGAGAGUCCUGGAGUUUUUGGCCAAGGUCAAUCACACAGUCCCCAGUGCCUUCCAGUCCCGGUAUGAAGAGGCGUUGAGAGAGGAAGAGAGAGCACAAGCCACAGUUACCGUCAAUGAUAGCAGCAAUGCCACAGCCAGUAAAUGUUCCAGGGCCAUGUCCAGAAGCUAUUCCCACACCUAG